AUGGCCACUCCAACUACGGCACCUGGAGAAAUUAGUGAAUCGGAUCGGAAACUUUUGGAUGAGUUGAGAAAACGAGUUCAUAAUGAACUGGAAUUGGUCAAAGCUUAUGAUGAUGAUUUUUCGCUGAUGAGAUGGUUGAUUGGAUGGGAUCGAAAGAUUGAAGUCGUCGUUCCAAAAAUCAAGUUUUCCCUCCGCGCGAUUCACGCGUUGGGACUCGACAAAGAAGACCUCUCAACACUAGAAAAAGUGACCCAAAAAUGCGACGAAUGUAGUGUACCGCUCCGCUAUCUUCCUGGUUCUCUGAUCGGCUUUGAUCAUGAAAAUAACGUAGUCUCUCUUCAAAUGAUCGGACAUUUGGAUGCAGCUGGAUUGAUGCCAGCUACACGAAACUCGGAUUUGUACAGAAUGAGAAUCGCCGAGAGUGAAGGAGUCAUGCAAAUUAUCAGAAAAAUGGAAAAAGAGCACGGUAAACCGUUUGGCACCUCGGUCAUAUUCGACUUGGAUGGUCUCUCCAUGGGACAGAUUGAUAUGGCAGCCUUGAAAGUUGUAACCACAAUGCUCUCACAGCUUCAGGAAAUGUUCCCCGAUGUCAUCCGAAAAAUUUUUGUGGUCAACACCCCUACUUUCAUCCAAGUUCUCUGGGGAAUGAUCUCCCCUUGCCUGGCUAAGCAGACCCAACAGAAAGUCAAGAUUCUGGGAAAUGACUGGAAGCAACAUCUCAAGGAAAACAUCGGAGAAGAGGUCCUUUUUGAGAGAUGGGGAGGUACGAGACAAGCAGAGACCGAGUAUGGAAAUGUGCGAAUGGGAGGAAAGAUUCCAGCUGAAUUGAGAUACGAUCCUGCUAAUGAUUUUCCAGCUGAGAAACUAACCAAACUGGUUGUUUCAUCGCGUUCAACCUCUUUUGUUCCAAUCACCCUUGAAGGAAAUGUGCCCGGACGAAAGCUCUACUGGUGGUGGAGACUUGAGAACAAUGACAUUCAUUUCUCAAUUCACCGAGCGGCUGAGGGACAAGAGAAGGUUGCUGAACACGACGAUGAUUAUAUGGUUCACCCGAAGUUCAAACUACAAACGGAUUUUGUACCGGAAGACGGAGAAGUGUCGGCUGAGGAACCCGGAGUGUACAAAUUCAUAUUUGAUAAUACACAUAGCACAUUUAGAUCCAAAACUGUAAAGUAUUUCAUCGAGGUUAGAAACCCAUAG